CAUGGCCAAAGAAGCACGUUUCCAUAUGCUUUUUGCUCUUCGGCAUUCAGUUUUGUUUGUGCGCCCGCCGCCACAGCAGCCGCUUCAAUCCGAAUUUUUCUCUUCGAUUUCCAACAUAUUCGACACAGGAAAUCGGACGGGACCCACACAAUCCUCCAGAGUGCAGUCAAAAUGUUUGAUUGUGAAUACUUGUGAAUAUUCGGGAAUUGGGAAAUACAAGACACGAGUUUUCGAUUCAGUCGCACAGAAUGAGCCAUGUGGAGCGGAGUCUCGAUCGGAAGAUCGUUGUCAUUGGAGCCGGAGCCUCGGGAAUUGCGUGUGCCACCAAGCUGCUGGAGUACGGCUUUCAGAAUGUGCUCGUCGUGGAGGCUGAGGAGCGUGUGGGCGGACGUAUACACACCAUACCCUUUGGGGACAAUGUGAUCGAUCUGGGCGCUCAGUGGUGUCACGGCGAGAGGGAUAAUAUUGUGUACGAGCUGACGAGGAGGCAGGAGGAGGAGCUGCUGGAGUCCACCGGUCCCGUCUACGAGAACUAUCAGUGUGUGCGCUCCAACCGGGAAGUGGUGCCAGAGAACGUGGCCAGCCGGCUGAAGGCGAUCGUGGGAGAUUCGCUGGUGUCGCGGCAACUGGAGCUGCGCCACUGCAGCGGAUCGCUGGGCAGCUACCUGACCAACAAGUUCUAUGACACCCUGCGCCGUCCGGAGAAUGCCGACAUCGAUGCUGUGGUGGCCAGAGAGUUCUUUGACAACUAUCAGAAGUUCGAGAACUCGGUGGAGGCCUCCGACACGCUGGACCAGGUGUCGGGGCGUGGAUACCUGGACUACUGGGAGUGUGAGGGCGACAUUCUGCUCAACUGGAAGGACAAGGGCUAUGUGGAGUUGCUGAAGCUGCUGAUGCGAGCCCGCGAACUGAAGUCAGAUCUGGGGGUGCUGGACCAGCACCUGCUACUGGGCACCCGCGCACUGAAGAUCAACUGGAACCGCAACGAUGGGCGCGUGGAGUUGCAGCUGAGCAAUGGAGAGAACUGCAUCGCCGACCAUGUGGUGGUCACCGUCUCCCUGGGCGUGCUCAAGGAGCAGCACUGGCGCCUGUUCGAGCCCAAGCUGCCGGUGGAAAAGCAGCGGGCUAUCGACGGACUGGCCUUUGGCACCGUCAACAAGAUCUUUGUGGAGUUCCCAGUGGCCUUCUGGCCUGACGACUGGACGGGCUUCACGCUGCUCUGGCGGGCUGAGGACUUGGACGACAUACGGGGGACAUCGCGGGCAUGGCUGGAGGAUGUCUUCGGCUUCUAUCGAGUGAGCUACCAACCCCGCAUACUGGCUGGCUGGAUAACCAAUGUCAAUGGCAGGCACAUGGAGACCCUGCCCGAGGAUGAGAUUCUGGCUGGCUGCAUGUACCUCUUCCGCCGCUUCCUGCACUGGAACAUACCCGAGCCAAGCAGCUUCCGCACCUCUACGUGGCACACAAACGAGAACUUCCGUGGCUCAUACUCCUACCGUUCCAUGGAAACGGAGAACUUGGGCACAGGAGCCCGCGAGCUCUCCCAUCCACUCACUGUGGUGUCCACCAGGCCGGAGCGAGAGCGCGAGCCGGCGGAGGAGCUGCAGCAGAGUCGCUGCGACAAGCCCAUUGUCCUGUUUGCCGGCGAGGCGUCCAGUGAGCAUUACUACUCCACGGUUCAUGGCGCUGUCGAGGCUGGCUGGCGUGAGGCCAAGCGCCUAGCAGACUUUUACGGACAGAGCGCUUCCAGUAGAGUCAAUACAAAGUCGCAGCUUUAGCAAUAGACAGAAAGAGAGAGAGAGGAGGCACAAGAGAAGGAUGACUGCGAUACCUGACAAUGAUUCCAGUGCAAUGGAACCACCUGGCGGGGGUUAGUCUUUGUCUUCGUAUUACAAUAGCAAUUUAUCUAGCAUACAAUCAAGAAAACUGAGGAUAGACUUUCAUAUGGUUAAGAUAUACAAAAUGUACCACAUAGGAUGAUAUACUUAGAUGAAGGAUUCUAUACUACAAUACAUAUAUUGAUUAAUAUGUGAGUGUCGUCGUGUCGAUGUGUAUACAAAUGUGCUGCCCAAUAAAGCUGUGUUUAAGUCUUCUUUUAUUUGAUCCAAACUGAAACAAUCCAA